AUGAGAGUACAUACAAAGGAGAAGCUAUACAACUGCGAAAUUUGCAGCAAGGCUUUCUCGCAGAAAAGUAUUCUAGUGAGCCAUGUGAGAGUCCACACACAGGAGAAGCCAUACAGCUGUUAGAUUUGUAACAAGGCCUUCUCGAAGAAAAGUAAUCUAAUGAGGCAUAUGAAAGUACAUAGAAAGGAGAAGCAAUACGGCUGUGAAAUUUGCAAUAUAUAUAUAUAUAUAACCAAAAAUAAUUUAGUAAGGCAUAUCCAAAUACAUACAAAGGAGAAGCCGUACAAAUGGAAGAUAUGUAAUCGGGCCUUCUCAAGGAAAUUUCAUCUAGUGCGCCAUGUGAGGGUACAUACAAAAGAGAAGCCGUACAGUUGUGAGAUUUGUAAUAAGGCAUUCCUAUCCCAAAGGGAUUUAGUAAGGCAUAUCCGAAUACAUACAAAUGAGAAACCGUACAGUUGUGAGAUUUGCAACCAAAACUUCUCAAGGAAAUUUAGUCUAGUGCGCCAUGUAAGAGUCCACACACAGGAGAAAUCAUACAGCUGUGAAAUUUGUAACAAAGCCUUCUCGAAGAAAUCUACUCUAGUGGCCAUAUGA